CAGCAGGGCAGGGUGAUGAUCCCGUUCCUGCCUGCAGGAGCACCCCAGCCCCACGGGAGAAGAUAUUUUCUCCCUGUUUUUCACGGGUGUUUCUUUGCCCCGCAGUUCCCUCGGAUCAUCCUGUGGCUGAUGGUGGAACUCGCCAUCAUCGGCUCCGACAUGCAGGAGGUCAUCGGCUCUGCCAUCGCCAUCAACCUGCUCUCCAUGGGGAAGAUCCCGCUCUGGGGGGGAGUGCUCAUCACCAUCGCCGACACCUUCGUUUUCCUCUUCCUCGACAAAUACGGCUUGAGGAAGCUGGAGGCGUUUUUUGGGUUCCUCAUCACCAUCAUGGCCCUGACCUUUGGAUAUGAGUACAUCACAGUGAAGCCCAACCAGGAGAAGCUGCUGCAGGGACUGUUCAUCCCCUACUGCAAGGACUGUGGCACGCCGCAGCUGGAGCAGGCCGUGGGCAUCGUGGGCGCCGUCAUCAUGCCCCACAACAUGUACCUGCACUCCGCCCUGGUCAAGUCCCGGCAGGUGAACCGUUCAGACAAGCGGGAGGUGCGAGAGGCCAAUAAAUAUUUCUUCAUCGAGUCGUGCAUCGCGCUCUUCGUCUCCUUCAUCAUCAACAUCUUCGUGGUGACCGUGUUCGCCGAGGCCUUCUUCAACAAAACCAACGCGGACGUGCACCAGGUCUGUGCCAACUCCAGCAGCCCCCACUCCUCGCUCUUCCCCAACAACAACGAGACCCUGGAGGUGGACAUCUACAAGGGGGGCGUUGUCCUGGGCUGCUACUUCGGCCCUGCCGCGCUCUACAUCUGGGCCAUCGGGAUCCUGGCGGCCGGGCAGAGCUCCACCAUGACCGGCACCUACUCGGGCCAGUUCGUCAUGGAGGGUUUCCUGAACCUGCGCUGGUCGCGCUUUGCGCGGGUGCUGCUGACGCGCUCCAUCGCCGUCACCCCCACGCUGUUCGUGGCGAUCUUCCAGGACGUGGAGCAUCUGACGGGGAUGAACGACUUCCUGAACGUGCUCAUGAGCCUCCAGCUCCCGUUCGCGCUGAUCCCGGUGCUCACCUUCACCAGCCUGCCCAGCGUCAUGCACGACUUCGCCAACGGCCUGUUCUGGAAGGUGGCCGGGGGUCUCCUGAUCCUGCUCAUCUGCUGCAUCAACAUGUACUUCGUGGUGGCCUACGUGAUGUCCCUGCACAACCUGGGGCUCUACAUCGGGGCCGCCGUGCUCAGCGUCAUCUACCUGUCCUUCGUGGCGUACCUGACGUGGCUGUGCCUCAUUGCCCUGGGCGCCUCCUUCCUGGCCUGCGGGAGCACGGGCCGCCUGGGCUUCGCUGCCCACCCCGAGCUCUUCCUCCUCGGCCACGUCGAUUCCGACCCGUCCGUCCCCAGGUGACCCCAGGAGCGGAGCGGACCCCCAGGACCCC